AUGCCAAAAGAAGGAGCAAAAUAUUGGUAUCCUAGACCUCAACAAACUAGAAUUAGUGAGGUCACUACUACAAACAAGUUUGGAGCAUUAGAAGGUGAGAACAAGGAAGAACCACAUAAAGAAAGUGACUUUGGUAGAAAAGAAGAAAAGAAGGGGAACCAGGUAGAGGAACAGGUACAUGGAACAACACAAUAUGAGGAAAGGAGCAAUAAAAAAGAGGUGAACAAUACACAAAACACUUCUAUUGAGAAAGAUGAUGCUCAAAGUGCAAUCAAAGAUAUGCUCAAUUUAUCAGAUGAAUUAGAGCAGUCGGUGAAAAAGAUGAAUGACAAAGAAAAAGAGGCAGAUGGGGAAAACGAGAAGGAAAUAGAAAAAAAAGCUGACACAAGAGAGCAUCCAGAUGUUGGCGAUAGUCAGAUAAGAGAGACAUGCAAUUCACAAACCCAUCAUGUAACAAUACCACCUCCAAAGAUAGAUAAACUCUCUGAGCAGGAAAGAAAAGAAAUACAGGAAAGAGAGAAAGAUGAGAACAUGGAAAUAAACAUUGAUAACAUAGGUUGA